GUGGCGUGAGGCGCACGUCUGGCGGCCAUCUUUGCCGCCAAAACAUUACGCGACACUUCGAUGACAGAAAAAAUCAUUGAGUGACUUUUAAUAUUAAAUAAACUGAAUGUAAAAUAUUAGUGACUGUUAAAUGCGUGAAAAAAAAAUGUGGAUUUUUUAAAAAGUGCAUAAUUAGUUUCAUUUGUGUUAAACAAUAAUGGAUCUUACGCGAGCGGAACGUUGACCGUAUUCUUGACAGUGCCAUGGAGCUCAAAACACCAAAAGACAAGAAGAUAUCCAGCUUCACGAAACUCAUUUCGCGCGGCAAAAUGUUCCGGAUACCACUUCUCAUCCUCUUACUGUUGGGCAGCACUAGUUGCGACGAAAACGAAGACGAGUUCCAUUUUCAAAUUAAAAAAUCGAGUUCCGAAUUGCAGAACACAAGUUUGGAACACACGCAUAGACACGGUCGUAAUACCAGUGCAAAAAAAGAUUUGAGUGACAUUAAAUAUUUAAGGCGGCAUUUAAAUAGAGAAAUAGUGAAUUUUGUGAUGACUGAUUAUCUGGUGGAUGGAGAGGUCGAGAAUCGUGUGCAUUACAAUGGGAUUACUGCGAAGGAGACGUAUGUCGGGGCGAAUGGGAGCGGCCUGCGCCUGCGUCAGCUGACAGACGGCCGCCAUCUUGUCCAAGUGAUCUACACACCAAAUGGCGACAUCCAAGACUGCGAGUACAUAACCCAAGCGAAAUAUUCUAGAAACUUCCUCAAAACGUUAAGAAAAGAACUCAAACUCGCGUUAGAAGAACAAUCAGUCAAAUUAUCACAAAAUGAAAUCACUAACGAAGAUGAAAAAUACUACAGACAUUUUAGUAAUGUGACACUUCGUAUUUUGAGAAAUGGUGAGACGCUACCAAUAGAUGUCGCUAGUUGGUUGAAUUUUGACAAGUUGAAAAUGGAAUGCUUGGAAAGACAUGAGGAGCUGACGUUUAUGAUGGCUAAUAAGAAUAAAAUUUCUGGUGCUACGCUUGCAAGAAAAAAGCGCGACGCCGCAGAACUACUGAGAGUGCCAGGGACAAAAUGGUGUGGCAAAGGGUAUUCAGCGACCCGGUACUCUCAGUUAGGGGGCUACACACGCACAGACCGCUGCUGUCGGGUGCACGACCUCCGCUGUCCGUUCUGGAUCGGCGGUAUGGAGAAGAAGUACGGGCUGUUCAACUGGCGUGUGAACACGCUUAUGCACUGCCGCUGCGACGAAAGGUUCCGUGCCUGUCUCAAGCUGGCCAACACUUCAAUGUCCAACAUGGUUGGAAAGCUCUUCUUCAACGUAGUGCAAACCAGAUGUUUCGUGCUGAAGCCAGUCAAAUCCUGCACGCAGCGAUCCUGGUGGGGGCGCUGUUUGCGGCGCUCGUACACGAAACGGGCGUAUUUGAGGGACAACAUGCCGUAUUAACUUUAAGCUCGGGUUGAAUGUGUUUGUGAUUACGGUAGAUGUCGCUGCAUGUUGCGUAUGCGUAGCGACAUCUAGUUUUCUUAAGUGAAAACUGCUUGCGAUUUGUGGAUGGCUUAGUUAAGAUGACAAUUCUAAAGCGCCCAGCAUCCCUUCAGGUAUUUUUUAGACAUUUGUCGAUGUAUGGUCAUCUUGGCUAAGUGGCAUCCCCUGUUACAGAUAUUAAUAGCAACUUUACCACGGGACAUAAGAAGUGACUUUAAAAACAUUGCAUUGAUUAUUCCAUAAAUUGAAUGUAUGAACAUUCUAAUAUUUUUAAUCAAGGUGCCUAUAGCAAUUGGCUAUUUGUCCGUGGCCCAGAAAUAUAAUUUGUAACAAUUUUCAAAGUGACCCCAUGUUGUUCUAAGUUUCU